GUAUGUGUACAAGUAUGGGUUGGACCGUGUCAUGCAGUCGCACAAAAUCAUCCGCAGAGACAAGCACGACCACGACGAGGAAUCCGACGCAAACGAGGACAUCGCGAUCCUAGAGCGGAAUCUGCUGGAUGUGGACUUGAACGCCCGCAAGACGCGCCAGCGCACUGCUGACGGCAAUGCAGCAGCUGAAGAGGUGGAGUCCUCGCCUGACGAG